ACUCCAGGUAGAGGUGGGUCUCAGAGUUCAGAUUCGGAUUCAUCUGCCACACCAGGAAAUGCGGUGGACGUGAACAAUGAAGGCUCCUCUGAGGGUUUUAUCUGUCCUCUCUGUAUGAAGUCUCAUGGAUCAGCUGAGGAGCUGUUCAAGCACUAUGAAGCAGUCCAUAAUUCUGGCAUUGAUUCAACUCAUGGAGGGGAAGGUCAUCUGUCACCGGAAAGAGAUGAAGUAUCACUGCUCCGACAAGAAGUCCAAGACUUGCAAGCUUCGCUGAAGGAGGAGAGGUGGUAUUCAGAAGAGCUGAAGAAAGAACUAGAGAAAUUGCAGGGGCAGCGGCAGCAAGAUUCUAAGUCUGAUGGAUUGACAACAGCUAUGUCUACAGAAUCGUUAGAACGGCAACUAGAAGAGAUCCAAGUAGAAAAUUUUAACAUUAAGCAAAUGAAAGACUUAUUUGAGCAAAAAGCGGCACAACUGGCUACGGAGAUUGUGGAUCUUAAAUCAAAGUAUGAUGAAGAAAUCAGCCUUCGGGAGGGUGCUGAACAGAAAGUAACAAACCUGAGACAAGAACUGCAAAAGGAGAGAAGUACAGUGGAAGACUUAAAGACAGAGCUGCUGCAAAGGCCUGGUGUGGAAGAUGUGGCUGUCCUGAAAAAGGAGCUGGUCCAAGUUCAGACGCUGAUGGACAAAAUGACGCUGGAACGUGAGAGGGAAUCUGAAAAGCUGAAAGACGAGUGCAAGCACUUGCAGGCAGAGCAGGCUAACUCAGAGGCUACCAUUAAUCAGUUAAGGGCUGAACUUGCCAAAGGACCUCAGGAGGUAGCUGUGUAUGUUCAGGAGCUGCAAAAACUUCAAAGUUCAGUCAACGAACUAGAACAGAAAAACCAGAGUCUGACUGAGAAGCUGCUGAAGAAAGAACAGGACUACACCCAACUAGAAGAAAAACACAAUGAAGUAUCUGUGAGUAAGAAGAACGUGCAGGCAAGCUUUCACCAGAAAGACCUGGACUGUCAACAGCUUCAGGCAAAGCUGUCUGCAUCUGAAGCCUCGAUACAGAGAUUACAGACAGAGCUAGGUGAGAAGGCAGAAGCAAGCCAAAAACUUAAAGAAGAGUUGUCUGAAGUAGAGACAAAGUACCAGCAUCUCAAGGCAGAAUGUAAACAGCUGCAGCAGCAGAGGGAGGAAAAAGAGCAGCAUGGCCUGCAACUCCAAAGUGAGCUCAGUCAGUUGCACAGUAAACUUCUAGAAACAGAGCGCCAGCUAGGCGAAGCGCACGGGCGGCUCAAGGAGCAGAGGCAGCUCUCUAGUGAGAAACUGAUGGACAAAGAGCAGCAGGUGGCCGAUCUGCAAUUAAAACUUUCUCGUGCUGAAGAGGAGCUAAAGGAAAAAGCAGCAAAUUCCACUGAAUUGCAACAUCAAUUAGAUAAGGCAAAACAGCAGCACCAGGAACAGCAAACACUUCAGCAAAAUACUACAGCAAAACUACGAGAAGCCCAGAAUGAUUUGGAGCAAGUACUACGACAAAUUGGAGAUAAGGACCAAAAAAUUCAAAAUCUUGAGGCUUUGCUUCAAAAAAGUAAGGAAAACAUCUCUCUGCUAGAGAAGGAAAGAGAGGACUUAUAUGCAAAAAUUCAGGCUGGUGAAGGAGAAACUGCAGUUCUCAACCAGCUCCAAGAGAAGAACCAUGCAUUGCAAAUACAGGUAACUCAGCUGACAGAGAAGCUUAAGAAUCAAUCAGAAAGUCAUAAACAAGCCCAAGAGAAUUUGCAUGAGCAAGUGCAGGAGCAAAAGGCACAUCUAAGAGCUGCUCAAGACCGUGUGCUUUCCCUGGAAGCAAACAUCACUGAACUAACAAGCCAGCUGAAUGAAAGUAAAGAGAAAGUAUCACAACUUGAUGUACAGGUAAAAGCAAAGACUGAAUUGCUACUUUCAGCAGAAGCAUCGAAAGCUGCUCAAAGAGCAGAUCUUCAGAAUCAUCUGGACACUGCCCAGCACGCACUGCAAGACAAGCAACAGGAGUUAAAUAAGGUCAGUGUUCAGUUGGAUCAGGUUACAGCUAAGCUGAAUGACAAGCAGGAGUACUGUGCUCAGCUGGAAGCCAAUCUCAAAGACUACAAAGAGAAACGUCUUUAUUUAGAACAGAAAACUGAAGAGCUGGAGGGACAGCUUAAGAAACUUGAAGCUGACAUUUUUGAUGCUAAAGCAAGCAAAGAACAAGCUCUUCAGGAGUUACAGCAGCAGCGACAGCAAUCUACAGAAUUAGACCUCCGAACAGCAGAACUGAGUAAACAACUUGAAGCAGCAAGAGAAGCGAUGUCUAAUGCUAAAUUGGAUUUGCAGAAGAAGUCUGAGGACCUUGAACAAGCGAAACAGCAAAUUUCAAAGCAGGAGGAGGAAAAGGCCAGCCUCAAACAAAACCUAGAGAAAUCAAACCAAGAUACGAGUAAACAACUCAAGGAAUUAGAUUGUAAAAUGCAAGCAGCAACAUCAGAGCUGCAACAAGUGAAAUUAGAGAAGGAUGCUCUAUUAAAGGAUCUUACAGCUACCAAAGACAAGCUCUCAAAAAGUGCUGAAUCCUUCAAAAAAAGAAAGGAAGAAUUAGAAAAAGAAAUACAAAAAGGAAAAGCAGCUGUGGCAGAAAUGGAAAAGUCCUGCCAAGAAGUAAAACACCAGCUCCAGGUACAAACAGAGUCUGUAGCUAAAGAGAGGAAUGAAUUGAAAAACUCACUGGAAAAAAAGGAAGGGAUUUCUAAGCAGUUGUCGAUAGAACUUGAUUCAGCACGGGCGCAAGUAGUGGAAAUUCAGGGUCUUCUGAAGGAGAAAGAAAAAAGCGAGCAACAUCUCCAGGGAAAGCUGAGAGAGUUAAAGGACUCUUUUGAGCAGAAGAAAAAACACAGUGAGACACUGCAAGCUGAAUUAAAAACUGCCCUUUUAGAAAAGGCAGAACUGGAGAAUAAACUGCAACAGCAGUCUAUUUUGUCAGCACAGGAGCUUAAAGCAGAGAAAGUCAAGCUAGCAGACUUACAGAAGACCCAUGAAAAACAUAAGGAAAACAUGGAGAAGCUGCAGCUGGACCUUUAUUUUUAGUCUGAGCUGCUGGCAACCAGGCAAGACCUUAAG